AUCGUGAGUGUGUCAACACUGUGUUAAUGUGUUAGGCAUUGGGAUUUUAAACAAAAAUGGCAGAAUCGUUUGUUCUUAUUCUGUGCUUGUGUAUGGUUUCAUUGUUUUUUAUCAGCCAAGCUGAUGAUUUAAAUGAUGACCACAGUAUAAAUGCAAUAAGUUACGAUGGAGAUACAUUUGGACCUGGUCUUGCGAAGAAAAGAAACUUUAUUAUGUUCUACGCACCAUGGUAUGAUUAUGAUUCAUUCAGAUAAGUCUGAUUACUCUGAGUCUGAGUGACUGAUAUUAAUGAUCCGAUAAGGAAUGUCUGAAUCUAAAAUUUAAUGAAAUUAUAUAAUAAUUAUAAUAUAAUUUAUAAAUGUUAUUUAGUCAUAUUAUUAAUUAAUUAUAAAUUGUAAUAAGUAAUAUUAGUUUUUCGUUUUCCUUGAAAUUGAAAUGAAAAUAAAGUGAAGUAAAGUAAGCAUUGAGUAAUUAGUAACAAACAGUAAUAGUAAUAACGCUCAGUUGUAAUAGUAAUAGCCUAGACAAAAUCAAAGAUAAUACUUUAAUUUAUUAACAAAGUCAGCUUACUAAAAAACUUGUAUUCUUCAAUGGAAACACAAUAAGCACAAUGAAAUAAUAGAUAUGUUUCAGGUGUGGUCACUGCAAGAACCUUGCACCCACAUGGGACGAACUGGCCAAGAUUUAUAAUAAUGCAGAGGAAAGCCCUGUUGUAAUUGCCAAGGUAAAUAUACUAAUAAAAUUUACUUUUUAAAUUCUUAUUUUCAUACCUUUUUAAUUAAAUGAAUAAACAAUUCCAAAAAAUAAUAAUAUGCUUGACAAAUUGAAAUUCUUUAGGUGGGGUGUUUUAGGGGGCCAUCCAAAAAUGAUGUCUCGCUAUUUUGGACAAUUUUUGACACCCCUCCCACUUUGUUACAAAUUUAAAAAAUAAAUAAUUAGACACCCUAGUCUAGUCACAUAUUGUCACAAAUUCCCCCACCCCCUCACCCUUUACCCUAGAUGCAUGACAUAAUUUAUGGGUGGCCCUAAGUAUUCAUGAAAUAAUUUUCUUCCUGUUAAAUUAAUGAUUAAUAGAAAGUCUUAAAACUUACCACGUUUUUAAGUUGAAAUGAUAUAAUUAUGACUUUCAGUUUAAGGCAGAGUGGUAACCUGUUUGGUAACUUUCCCUGUUAAAGUAUGAAUUUCAAAACCUUAACUUUAAGAGCCCACCACACAAGUUUGCCAUACCUAGAUUAAAAUAUUUCAAUACACCUUUACGACCAUAAACAGGUUGAUUGCACUGUUCAUACUGGCCUUUGUGCAGACCACGAUGUUGUCGGUUUCCCUACAUUAAAGUUGUUUGAAGCCAAUGGGGAGACUCACAAGCGUUAUUCUGGUAAAAGAGAUUUGGAGUCCUUGAAAGCAUUUAUUCAGGAACAAAUACAGGGUCUGGGAUCCGAGGUAAAAUUUAUAUAGCUGUAUUGUUUCUUUAAAUAUUGAAGAGAUAUAUUAAAAUAUAAACCAGAAACUCAAUGUUACUGAACUACAAACAUUUUAACUGACUUGUUAAGAAAGACGAUGCUCUCUAUUGUCAUUUUUUUUUUUUACAAGGGAACGUUACUCGAAUUUCACUAAGAAUUUCAUUGACUUAUCCAAUAGGACUAUGUUAGUAAAUUUUAUUUCUUGAUUUCUUUAGACAGACAUAGCGGCUGAGAAGGAAGAGGAAUUAGAGAGACAUGAAGAACCCGAAAGCAAUGUCAUCACCCUGACAGACGAGGAUUAUGCUGGCAAAAUCGCUGCAGGGUUUUUCUUCAUCAAGUUUUACGCUCCGUGGUGUGGUCACUGCAAGCGGCUGGCUCCAGUCUGGGAAGAACUGGCAAACGCUUUCAGCAAAGAUGAAAAUGUUUUCAUUGCCAAGGUAGCACCAUAGGGACCUGUCUUUUUUAAUUUGAAUAUUAAUUUGAUGCUUGCAAUUAGGCUGUAAACAAAAUUUCAAACAAUCACCAACAUCUGUCAAACUUAUCUCAAAGAACAAUUAUUUAGGUUUGUAUGUAUGACUGUAAUGCUGCGGCAUGUAAAUCAAUGGGCACGCCAAAUAAAAUUCCAAGAAGUCAACACUAAUUGGGGUUCUUAUAAAGUGUGCUACUUAAAUGCAUGUUUUUUUGUCAAGUAGCCAUAGCAGAUGGGAAGUUCAUGAAUGGCCACUUCUAUUGUUUUGCAGGUUAUUUCCAGUAUUUAUCUAUUGAUCAUACCAUAAUCAAGAGGCAUAACUGGGGUGGUCCAUGGAGCAUGUGCUCUUGGCACCAUAGACCAUGCAUAUGCCACUGACUAGAUCUACAGUCUCACUUUGUAUUACCAAUCAUCCUUCCAAGAUCGACCUCAUAAAUUCUAUUAACUUGUAAUAAUUUAUUUCUGGUUUUGUCCCUCACAGAUAGACUGCACCCAAUCCACUGUUGUAUGUAAGGCAUACGAGAUCAGAGGUUAUCCAACAUUAUUGUGGUUUAAAGAUGGCCAGAAGGUAUGAGCUUUUCAUCUUACUUUUUUUGGCUGCAUUCAGAGGUUUCAUAAAAUGAACAGUGUGAAGGUGUGCAAAUUUAAUGAACUGUGUAUAGGUGUGCAGUUGUGCAGUUGUAAUUACCUGUAACAAGGUGUGCAUUUUGAAUUAACUGUUAAAAUGUGUGAAGUGGUAUUAAACUGUCCAAAAAUUGUGCUGUUGAAUGAACUGUCUGAGGAAGCUUUGGAAUCCACGAUAAAUCAAUGAAAUUAUGUAGCAAUAGUAUAGUAAUGUGACUCAUUUUUCUUUAGAAGCACUACUUUCCAAACACAAUGUGUAGAGCUGCACCCUAACAUAAAGCUAACCAUUUAAACAGUUGAAGAUCAUGGGCUUUGUUAGUUUUUAUAAACUGGUUUUCGUGAAAGCUUCUACUGAGGUAGUUUUACCUUCAGUGUGAAUGAGCUAGACAUUUUAACAUAAUGCACUAAAUUAAAUUAUCUCAUAAUUAAGUUAUAAUAUUUAAAUUAUUAUUUGUUCAAGAUGUUCUUAAAGAGGUUUUUGUAUGAUCUAUUGUUUGCCUAUAUAUAUAUAUAUAUAUAUAUAUAUAUAUAUAUAUAUAUAUAUAUAUAUAUAUAUUUCACUUUAUAUUUUUCUCCCAAAAAAUAUAUUUUAAAAUAGAAAUACAAAGAUUGGAGUGCAAAAAUGUUUUUUGUAUGUUUUUAAAGAGUUUUUUGUAUGAUCUUUUGUUUGUAUAUAUAUAUAUAUAUAUAUAUAUAUAUAUAUAUAUAUAUAUAUAUGUAUAUGGUUCACUUGAUAAUUUCCUCCCAAAAAAUAUAUUUUAAAAUAGAAAUUCAAAGAUUGGAGUGCAAAAAUGUUUUUUGUGAAGAAAAUUAGUAGUAAAGCCUUUAGAUAUAAUACAAUCAUGAAGAAAUGGUUCUCGCUUCAUAGGCAGCCAUCUUAUAGCUCAUAUUCUGCUGGCUUAGAUGUGAUUUUAACCCCUCGUUUCUAUAUGACUCAACACUCAGUGCUAAUUGCUCACUGUGCUCAAUAAAGACAUUGCUGCAAUCAAAUGUAUAAUUUAAAAUAAUACUAAAAUUAACUUUGCAUGUAAACCCCGAAAAUUGAUCUCUCUCAUACAUACAGUUGAUACCACCUCCACCCCUUUCUUUCCCUCUUUUCUGAACUCUCCUAUACACAUAUCCAAAAUAUCAAUUGUAUGUGUUGUUUAUUAUUUAAGUCCUAUAAAUGUCUCGGAAAAUCAAUGCAAGAAGAAAUAAAUCCCAUCUGUGGCCAGAAUCAAUAAUAUUUUAUUUGAACUAUUCAGUAGGUGGAGAGUCCAGCCUAUUUUUCCUUUCAUCACAAAACAUUAUUAUCCACUUUAUUUCCUGUAAUUUAUUGUUCUUGUUUUGAAUAAAGCUGACAACAUUGUUUUGUGAAGUAAUCCUUCAUUUGUGUAAUCCUAAACUUGAUCUAUAACAAUACAAUUCAUGAAGCUAGAAAUGUAUUGUAAAAAUAAAGGAAAUAGCAUAUGACAUUUCUGUAUUAUAUUUAAUUUUUACAAUUAAUUUAAGGUGGGAUGUUAGUUGUGUAUAAUCAAGUUUAUUUUAUGUGAGAUGCCAAAAUCUAUUUUAAAAAACUGAAAUUACAAAAAACAAUUUUUAUUCCAGGAAUAGAACCUGGUUGUAAACCUUUUGCUGGCAAACAUUCUUCUAUAAAACCAUUUCUGAUGUUCAUUUGGUAAUUUUAUGAAGAAAUCAAAUUAUUCAUUAUGGGGGCGUCCAUUAAUAACUUAAACAAUUGUUAAGCAAUUUUUUUACACCCCCCCCCCCGGUCAACAACUGUCAAACUUUCAAUGACAACCCCCCUCCCCCCAAAGUAAUUAUGUCAACAUUUCUAUACCCUUCCCCCCUUAAAAAAUUAAUUAUAAUAUAAAUAAAUACAUUUUACUUUGUGCUGAUCUAUUUUAAUAACACAAAAUUGUAUGAAAAAAUUUUUAUUGCAUUUUUAGCUUGAUAAUCAACAAGUUAAAAUUGUAUAUAAUUUAACUAAAAAUUAUAUAACUAUUUGAAUUUAAACUCAUUAAAUUUCUUAAAAUAAAGUAAUAACAAAUUAAUUUUUAGGAUAAAAAUNCCCCACCCCCCUCUUUUUUUUUUGUUGUUGUUGAAAUAUGAUAUAAUUAAUGGACGACCCCAAUACCAAUUAAAAAAAAAAAAAAAAAAAGCUAAAUUAAAGGCAACCACUGCUAAAUUGAGCAUUAAAUACUCACAUAUAACAUCUGUGCAUUGGCUGGGACAGAAACAUAGAACUAAUCAUUCUAAAGCGUUUAUAUUUUUGUUCUCAUGUUCUUAAUUUAUAUCCCUUAUUUGAAUAUAGACUGAUUUAACAAAACCUACUUAUUUUUUCCUGAAGCCUACUUAUCUAUUUUUGCUUGAGAUCCCCAACUCUAAUUAUGUGUGUAGUGGAGACAUGGAGACAUAUCAAUUGAUAAGAUACACUAGUUUAAUGCCGCACCUGAAUACAAGAAUGUAAAAUUCAUCUAAAUAUGCUUCAUAUUCUAUAAACAAUAUGGAUAUUAAAAACCUUUUUUCUCGUGACAGCCUCCCAAUGUCAGAGUAGAGGAAGAUGUCCAACUUGGAAAAAUGAUUUGCAUUCUGCAGAUUUAGUAAAAUUGUUAAUUGAAAUCAUGGUGUACCAACUGUUAUAAGACCUCAGCUAAAGCAGUAUAAUUAUAGGUGUCAGUGAUCAGAAUGUGUUGGCCACGUGUACUCCAAUAAUAAUUUGGCUCAUAAGAGAUCAACUACUUUUCUUAACACACGCAAACAGUCCAAUGACAACAUUGGACCCCACUAGCUGCUGCACAGAAAAAUGUACAGCUGCCUGGAAACAUUACCCUGAAAGCAUUCUGAUUUCCCUCCUAAUCCUUUACUUUUCACAGAUAGAUCAGUUCCAAGCCCCCCGAUCCAUUGAAGUCUUGACAAAGUUUGUACAAGAUAAGUUGACAGUGGAGAAAGGAGAACAACAUGGUCAUGACUCGGAGAAAGUUCCGGAAGAAAUUAAGGAAGACUCUGCUGGGGUAAUUUUUAGUUGGUUACCCGGUAUUAGUAUAAUAAGUUACCCUAGGAUAUUUUUAACAGUUUUUUUAAAAUUGUUUCUCAAACCUUUAUAAGUACCUGGUACAGGGUGAGUAAAAUGAUUAUGUGAUGAAAAUGGUAUUUGUUUCUGGUUAACAGGGUGCUGUGGUAGAGUUAACAGAGGAGAAUUUUAAAACCAUCAUUGCUUCUGGACUUGUAUUCAUCAAGUUUUAUGCACCUUGGUAAGUUAACACAAAACAUCUGGACUUGUAUUCAUCAAGUUGUAUGCACCUUGAUAAGUUAACUCAAAACAUUUGAUCUGUGUCAGUGUUAACCGCAAAAACUGUCAUAAUAGCUGUUAUGGCUGAUUCUGUGGUAUUAUGGGAGAUAUAAUCGGCCUCUACUAAAAGUAAUAUUAUAAAUGCAAAUCUGAGUUUUACGUUUUAAAAUAGGUGAUAACUCUAACAAAUUAGGUUUACUUCCUAUUUAUAGAAACCUAAGGUAAACAUUUCAUUUGUUCAUAUAUUUUGUAAAAAUUUGAAUUGAGCUGAAAUUUUUGGAGCUGUUUGUUAAAACUAACUUGUAGGACUCAGAUGUUGGCCCUGUUAAACAAAAGCCAAUUUUAUUUGAAAUAUUUUUUUGCUAAAGCGAUUUUGAAGAUAGUUUUGUUGUCAUUACUAAUGGUUGUGCUCAUUAUGAUAGUGGAGUUGACACUAACAGUAGUACAAGUUCAAAUAGUGUAAGUAGUGCAAUAUAAAGUACUAAUGAAUUUAGUAGGAAUUAUAUUAUUUAUAUUAAGAAAUAUGUAAGUCACCAAUGAAUUUUAUUUUUAAAAAUUUGUAUUUAUAUAAACCCAAAAAAAUUUAUAUCUUCUUAAAUGAAAGAAUAAUGUUUUGUAUGUCUGAAAAAGUUACUGAGAUAAUAAAAAAGGACCCAACAGUGAGAGUGGGUGUGAGUUGACGAAAGAUAAACAGUAGCCUAAUUGUACUCACUGUUGAAAGUUCAAGGUCAUAUUGACUUUAUAGAGCUCAAAGAAUUCCAACAUUCAUACCAUAUGAUUUGUUGUUCAAUUUUCUCUAAGAUACCUAUUCAUAUCUGGGUAUCUUUAUUCAUUUCCUCUUAGUUUUGGGUAUUUGAAUGAUACAUGGCAAAGUUACUAAAAAAAAAAAAAAAAGAUUUGACACCACAGCAAUUUUGCAUCUGAAAGCUCAUGGGUUAAAAAUUAAAGAUAUCCUCAUUGCCAUGUGACCCACUAAUAGCAAUGGUGAGUUGUGGAACUGAAAUUUGUGGGCAUUAUCCAGUCUAAAGUGGAAUAUGAAGUUGUUUUUUUUUACCAGACUUGAUUGUAUAAUAUUUUGAACACUUUGGCUUAUUUUAUGGGGACUGGGUGGAUCUGGCCUUUGGAGAAGUGGUUUGCAUAGCUCUGAUAUAACAUUAAUAACAUUUCGAUUUUCCUGAAACUAAAUGUUGUGUUUAAUUUACACUGUUGCACCUGUUGGCAGGUGUGGCCAUUGCAAGCGACUGGCCCCAACAUGGGAUGAUUUAGCCAGGGAAUCGUCUGGUCAGCCAGUGGUUAUAGCUAAAGUUGAUUGCACACAGUACAAGAAUGUGUGUGAAGAAAAUGAGGUAUGUACAUGACACAGUCAAGAUCUUUUAUCAGUCACUGCUUUUGUGAAAGCUGGGUGCAUUUUAAGGUUUUCUCUUCUGCAGAUCACUCUAUAUUGCUCUAUGCCAGACCUCUUUAGGUAAAUUGGGCUGUGUUAUUUCAUUGUAAAUUAUAUGUAUUUAAGAAAAAACAGAGUAUGUUAAAUAACUGGAUUAGGUUGAUGGUAAGUUCCUUGCCUACCAGUGAGAAAUAAAUCUAGCAGUCAGUCACUGUUGUGCCAAUUUUUCAAUGCUCUAUUAUUUUCCUCUCUUGAAUUCAUUACAAAUUUGUUUCCAUCUGAUUUAAUUACUUUGCACAUUUUGUAAAGUGCGUGGUUCUUUUUCUGAAUUAGUCUAAUUCUGCCUUAACUUUUUAUCCCUUUCAUUUUCCAGAUUCGGGGAUAUCCAACGCUGAAAAUAUUCCGUAACGGUGAGCUCCUCAAUGAUUACAGAGGUGGUCGAACAUUAGAAGACCUGCAAAAAUUUGUUAGCAGACAACUUGAUCAACGAGACGAGUUGUAAGGGUGUUAAGGGGGGGGGGGGUGUCAAUUAGUAUUACCUGUGUUCAAAUGAGUGCUCUAUUUAUUUGACAGGUGUGUGGUGAUGUGCCUGCACUCUAAGAAGCAAAUAUUUUGCUUUAAAAAGAAAGUGUGACUGUAAUGACAAUGUUUUUACAUUUGCCUGAAGUCUCUGUCUAUGAAUUAACUUUGUACUUGUCAUUCAAUGUAAGCAUAAUAUUUUUUACAUGUGAAACUCUGUUGUGUACACUCACCAUUUGUCACCAAGUAUUACUAGCAAAGAAGGCUUUUAAAUAAAGCUCAAUGUCAAUAAAAAACCAACAAAAGCAGUUAAUUGAUAAUGAAGUACAAUUUAUGCAUGAAUAUAUAUCAGUAUACCCCGGUAUAUAAUAAACUAGUUUUUUAUAUUUUUUUAUUUUGACAUUUAGUUAAAAUUAUUGAUGGAAUGUUGACAUUUAGUUAACGAAAUGUAGAUAUUUAGUUAACGAAAUGUAGAUAUUUAGUUAAAAAUGAUAAAACAGUAAUAACACAUUUUUUAAACAUUUAUGUAGCACUGAUUCAUAACGACGAGUUAUGAAUUGUUAGUUUUUAAAAAAAAAUGUUACAUCUUUUUAGGGAAUUCUAGUAAUCAUCUUCAUGGAUAAUUUUCUGUUUCAAAAUGAUAAGAACAGAAGGCCUUUAUUAUAAAUACUGAUGAGUCAAAAUGCUGCAAAGGCUACUUUAGGCUACAAUUUUUGGGCACCCUCCCUUGGUCUAAAAAAAAAUUUUUGGGACCCACUGACCAAUAGAAAUAGUUGCUGGGCUUCUAUUGCCGUCUUCUUUUUUUUUUUUUUUUUUUUUUUUUUUUGCAUAGUUUUAUUCCGGUGAUAUAAGGCCAUUUCAGGUAAUUUAGCAGCUUUCUAAAAAGUUGUCCAGCCACCAUGAAAUUAUAAAUGAUGUUUCUGCCGCCGAGUUAAGAAAUAAAUAUGCCCAAGAUUUAUUUUUGCCUGUAUCUCACUAAAAUUUCACCGGUAGGGUCAUUGUGUAAUUGCUGAGCUGUUGUUUGUUGUGCAGUGAGAGCAUGUGCAGGGACAGUGAGACACUCGCUUCAUGUUUAAUCUGAUACAUUUGAGGCAAGGCUGGGAGGGGAAUCAGAGCAGUGUCCUUUGCUAAUUGGCUGGUGGUUGUCAUGGUAACAACCCUGAUGUACAUGUACAGCCACUUCCCUGGUAUGGAGCAAUAGUUUAGAAAAAAAAUAAAACAAAUUAUUCCAAACCCA